ACUUUAUCAGAGCGGGCAGUUUGUUUUUACGUACUUUUCGAGGAAAUGUUUGAGAUGUACUAACCAUGGCUAAAAUUUCCAACCGUAAACUACCAAAAAAUGUCCAUUCAUCUCUUGAGUGGAAUUUUCAGAAUAACGAUCCAAACUCUUCCAGCGAUUCAUGUUGGUCUUGGUCGGAUGUCUAUAGAUAUCAAAGAAACAACAACGCUCAAGACAACCGUGUUAAAGUCGUAGUGUCUGUGGAACAAACUUUGUAUGAUGUCGCUGAACUGCUUGAAAGGAGACUAGGGAUUUGUCUUUCUGGCUGCCAGUUUUAUCUUCAAGAUCGAAUCAAGCUUCGUGGGGAAUCGCCCCUGGUUGAACAUUGUGUUGAAAUAUCCGGUUUAGUUCAGCUAUUACUUGAGGUAAAAACAGCACAUGCAGGCUAUCCAUUUCGACUCAAUGUUGUCGAUAUUCAAAUCCCAGAAUCGGUUGAUCAUCAUGGACCUAACUCUACCAUACCAACCGAAAAAAGCAAACGUCCUGGUAUCGCAAAAGGACCAGGACAACAGAUAUCCAGUGUAAAUUCGGUAAAAAACGAGGAAUCAAGAAAUGAUAGUGCUCUUUCAAGUUCUAACAGACCAAUAAGUCCAAAACCCGAAUGUAUAUCCCCUCUCACUGUUGCCGCAGCUGUGGCAGCGGCAGCUGAUAUUGCAUCAGGAGGGUCUGGCUUAUUGGAAUCACAGCCUUCUCUCAAUGAAAAUGGUAUGGUCUCAGAUGAAUCCGUUAUUCCAGAAGCAUGCAAUAUUCUUGAUAUACACUCAUCGCAAAAUCCUUAUUUAGGAUCCCAGUUGGAACCUGGUGGAGUUCCUGGAGCUUACGACUUGGAAAGCUUAUCAAGGUGGGUUCCUGAUGGUCACUAUCGACGUUUAAUGGAAAUGAAUGAUAUUCCACGUGAUCCUAUUGAGUGGAAUUCGACACAGGUUAUUAUGUGGAUAAAUUGGGCUUGCAAACAAUUUAGGAUUGAAGGCCUAAAAGGCGAAAAGUUGUUCAACAUGCCUGGGUCUAGCAUGUUUGUUCUAACACCAGAUGAUUGGCGACGUUUAGUUCCCAAUGCCAACGUUAACUUCUUAACUCACUUAGAGCUACUUAAACGGUGUCGAAAUGUUUGUGUUCCUUAUUGUCCACAACCCCCACAACAGAGCGCAACCCAAUCCCAAAAAUUGUACAGACAAAUGUCACGAUCCCGCUUUCGUAGCUCUAGAAAUUUGACGGAAACGAAUUCUAGUAGGAGUUUUGGUGGAAGUAUUGUAUUUGCGCCGUCGUACUCGGGAGCCUUAAAUUCCUACGAUAUGAAUAAUUCUAACCCACGAAUGAUGUGUUCAAAACCAGUGUUUUUGUCAUGUAAUGAUUCAAAUGGUCACGUUCCAACAUCCAGUACAGUUACAUUAAUGAACGAAACGACUGAUAAUCAGAACUCAUCCAAUUACACAAAUAACGGGGUAUGCGAGUCGUCUUCAGGUGGUGGUCAGUUAAUUCAUGGUGCAUUUUUAUUAGCUCAAAAUGGUAACACUCUUCAACAAGGAAUUUCUAAUUCUCAAUCAUCUGCAGCUGGUCAAGUUCAACUGUGGCAGUUUUUACUUGAACUACUUACAGAUUGGAGAUACCGUGAAGCUAUACACUGGAUUAGCGAUGACGGUGAAUUUAAAUUAAGUAAUCCUGAACAAGUAGCUGCAAUGUGGGGUCAUCGAAAAAACAAACCUGCUAUGAAUUACGAGAAGUUAUCUCGAGCAUUACGAUAUUAUUAUGAUGGUGAUAUGAUUUCAAAGGUUCAUGGAAAACGUUUCGUUUACAAAUUCAUUUGUGAUUUAAAGACUCUACUUGGUUUUUCAGCUGGCGAGCUAUAUAUGUUAGUGAAAAAUUGUGCUGAAAGGCAUUCACAUCGAGGGAAAAAGCGGCGUUUGACUACAGGAUCUACAUACUCUCCAGUAAACAGUCAUACACUGUCUACAUUUCCUAUAGACGAUAGGACUGUGUUCCCAAUACCCGCAGAACAUCCUCGUCCAAUUAAUUUUUUAAACCGGUCUGUACAGCGCAAUGUGACCCCUGGUUACUGCCUUGAUAUCGUCACACCUUCAGAUCCCCUUUCUUAUAGUGUUCCGUUCUCACCUACAUACCGUAUCAGACAACCGGUCAAAUCGGAAAAUGGAGUAAACAGUAAUACAUUAGAACAACACUCUAGUAGUUCAUUAGUCCGUCAGUCAUUCCAGCGAAAAAGAUUUUUGGGUUUACAGCCAACUACCGUAAAUACUGAAAAUAUUGUUUUUGAAGAUGACUCUAUUCAUAAUAAUGCUUCUGACUCUGAGCAUCAUGAAAACGAUCGAUCACGUGCCCCCACCAGUCCUUGGAGGCUGCGACGACGCUGGUGGGCUCGCAAUCCUUUGUCUGGUGUUUCACCACUUGGCUCUCCUCCUUACUCAUCUCCUUCAUACACUGAACGUUUAUCUUCUGAUUCUGCUCGACAACGAGACGAUGUUUCUGAUCGCUUCAACGGUUCAUGCUCAUCGAUAGCUGGUGCAAGUUCUCAGUUCAGCCAUUCACAGUUCACAGUUGACGAGGACUGGGUUGCCGCCGCAGCGUUAACGGAGGAUAUGGCAAAUGAAUCGUCCAUGAAUUCCUCCACUUCGAUCAAUAGUUCAUUUCGAUCUAAUGGAAUUUCUCUUCCCCAACCUCCCACUCCCAAUACUACUGUAACUGGCUUUGAUGAAGGAGAGAUAGCUUCCGCCGCUGCUUCAUUAUUCAGUCAAUCAAGCCAAUCAGAACCUCCUUUAGUAGUGGAUCAAACGAAUACCGUUCCCAAAAAGAGAAAGCUAUCUUCUAACUUAUCUGAUUAUCGCUGUGAAACGAAAGAGGUUAGAGAUGAUUCUCUUAUCGAAGAUACCGUAUACGGUUCUCGGUUAAGUCAUUUAGGUAGUACCAAGUAUAUCUCUAAUAACCGGUCAUCUAUGCGUAAUUAUGGUCCUGUUUUAUUAUCUAGUUAUAGUCAAGGCAUAGAUAUCGAUGCCUUUUUAGCUCAUUGAUGUAUGAUAUCUAUAUGGAGCUUUUACAGCUACUUAGUGGUAGUUUAUAUCAAAACUUGUACAUUUAUUCAUCAAUAGGUGCCUUCCGAUUUGUUUUGCGGAAGAAUUCAGAUGAAAUUUCAUUCAUUAUUUUCCUUCAAUGGCCUUUCUAUUUUCUGUUAUGUUUUUUUCUCUGAAAAUUUAUUUGCUCAGGAUUCUGCUUACUUGUAUGAAAUUAUAUAUAUACUAUUAUGUUUUUGCAUAUGUACAGUAUAUUAUAAUCCUCUCAAAUCCGUGAAACAUUUCCCAGUCAAAGUAUUAAUAUCCUUUCUUUGCAUCUCCGUAACGACCGAUUUUAGUUGCUCAUGUACAAAAGCAUGUGCCACUGAUGCAACAAAUGAUUCUGGUGUUAAUUAACAACUUCAAAUAUAUACAUAGCAUUUCUGUUAUAUUAGAAAUUGUAUAUGUUUUUUAUAUGUUUGAUUUAAUAUCUCUGAUUCAAAUUGUGUCAACAUUCCAUUUACAUUAAUCACUAAAAUUCAUUCAUAUGUGAGGAAAAAAGCAAAAGGAAUGCUUAUUGUGAGUAAUCAUAGAUUUUCUAAUAUUUCACUACUAUAUUAUUGUUUAGUUUUAUUGGGAAGUUUUCACAACAUUUGCAUUUCAAAUAACAUUAAAAUACAUAGAUAGUGUUUUAUAAAUUUCUCCUACAUUGACCUCCUUAUCCGUACAUAUAUUCUUGUUGUUAAUUUCUGUAAAUUUUAUUGGCUAAUAAAUGCUACUCACAUUUCCUAAAUAGAACUAUUUUGUACAUUCUUUUUUUAGUACGGAGAAGAUUCAUUUUUAUAUAUUUAUACAAGCGUGCUUUAUUUAACAUUAUUAUUAUUACUAUUAUUAUUGUUCAAUUCAAUUUACUAACUUGUUUGUUUUGUUUUGUUUUGUUUUGUGCAUUAGUAAAACUAAUUUGCAUUUAGGUUAUGAUGUAAUUAUCCUUUUAUCCAUACACUCUAGAUUUUAUUUAUAUUAAGAACAUUAAACGCGUAAUCAAGUGUACUAAUAGCACCCGUCGGUUAGAAUUUCUACGGAGUUUUGAUUAUAAUACGUAGUUAUUGUUUUGCUUGUAGACGGUUAUACUGUACUGUACCGUGUUGUACUGUUUUAAAUAGCCAAAUGAAUAACAUUUAUCACAUCUUA